AUGAAACUGCGAAAACGUGAACGAUACAGGUGCGAACACGUCACCGAUACGAAACUGAAACUAACAACUCAGAAACCGAAACAUCUCCUAACCGUGACCAAUAUUUAUGUCCCCCCCCCCCCAACAGGCAUAUUACAGCACAGCCUAGAUGAGUUGGAAGAAAUUUACCAUACACUGAACAAAUUGGUUGGUGAGAACAAGAAACACAACCUCCUGUACCUUGCUGGAGACUUCCACGCCAAAGUUGGACGCCCGACGAGAUACACAUGCAUCGGACGGUACUCCAGGGGACGGACAAGCAACAGCAGCACAGCUCUUCUAGAAUUCUGCGAGACGAACCAACUCUUCAUAGCGAAAACCGGCUUUCAACAUCGCGCCAGUCACAUCACGACGUGGGAAUCGAGAAGGUUCGUUAAUGGAAAACUAAUAACAUUGUUCGAUCAGAUUGACUGCAUAGCCUGCUUCAUAUAUAUGAAACGAAAUCUGACGAAUGCAGGAAGCUACAGUGGAAAAAAAUCAGACUCUGGUCACAGUCUGGUAAUAGCAAGGUUCAAUAUACGAAAGUACAAGUUGUACAGGCCAAAAACCGAGCGAAUUCAGCCACCACUUAACAUCAAUCGCUUGGUGUCCGAGAAGAACACGAGAGAACAAUACCAAACCGAACUGGAGGCACGAACAAGAAAAUCAGAACGCAACACGACCUGGGAAGCUUUGCGCAAAGACAUUCUCCAAGCCGCAACAUCAACCUUGGAAGAGAACAUAACGAGAAAAGAUCAUAACCCAGAGAUCCAUUCCUUGUCGCAGAAGCAAAAAGACCCUCGACUGAAAAUCAAGGAGGCUACAGACGAGGACACGAUUAGAAGGCUCAGAAGCGAAAGAAGUCAGAUCCUCACCGAAAUUCAGGCCAAAGUGAAGAAAACAAAACAGGACAGCCUCGACUUGGUUUUGACUGAAAUCGAAAGCACACCAGACAAUGCGAAGAUGUUUAAAUCUGUGAAAUUCUUCCUAUGA